GUCAGACAGAGUGUUCGUGUGUUGCCAUAACUUACGUUGUUAUACUUUUGAGGUAACGAGAACGAAGGUUUGGGAAUAUAAAUAGGAUUUCUGGCCUAUAUAUGAUACGGUGACGUAUACAGGUUAAUGAAAAGGAAGAGCAAAGACCUAUAAUUGAUGUGGAUGUCUCAAACUCUAUGUGACCUGGAAGAAUGAGUCAUAAAUGUGCUCCAAAAACCUGGGUCAAGUUAAGCAGAUCAUUUCAUCUGAGCCAGACACAUGCCCGCAAGUCUGCAGCAUCACCUCCCUGGUCUGGUACCUCUCCCUGCAGGGUCCAUGUACAACCACCCUAUUGCUACAAGGUUGGCUAUCUCAGCUGGAGGCACAUCCAUCACCUUCGGGUCACUGGGCGAAAGGGAUGGAUCUGUAAAGCUAACCAGGCUAGACAAAGGCUUGGACUCCACACCAGCACCUUGUACUUGAACACUUCAGCGUCCCGGUGGUCUGCCGGUCUGAGCCAACAAAUGUCGCGGGUCAGGAACACACUGGACACAGUCUCUAAAGCUGUGAGUGGGACACACACAGAACUUCUCUCCAAAAUCGCCAAACUCAAGCCUAAUGCUUUGAAAGGUUGGAAAAAGGCGGAGACAAGUGUUGAGUCGGCCCCAAAAGCUGAGGAGAGUCUUGUCACACCUACUCCUGCUCUCACGAAAGCUGCACCCUCUUCUACGUCUACUCCACCUAAACCUGUAUCUAACUCGUCUUCUACCAGACCUUCUAUUCCUACGUCUGCUGCUACCUCUGAUGCAAAUGCCACUACAGCCACACAUUCUCACAACCCUACCCAAGCGACUGUCCCUGCAACAAUUCUGACUGUGGGUGAACUUAAGGAGAAAAGGCUGAGACGUGUUGUUCCCACUGUCAAAGCCGGUUCUGCCAGGAAACAAGAGGAGCUUAAACCUUCACCGAGCGAUUCUGAGAGCAAGAGCACAACUUCCGAACAAACCACAGCACUUUUCCAUCCCAGUACAUUUUCAGUGAGCCUGGAUGAGACUUACAACUAUCUGUCCCAUCACAUCAACUCCUACUUUGGCAGCAGUACAAACGACAAGAAAGGGGACAAUGUUUACUCCUCCUCUGCCUCCUCUCAGGGUCCACAAACUAGUGACCUCAUGCCAGUUCCUGGUAAAACAGCCUCUGCUGCUCCAGUUACCCCACCUUCCACGAAGAAGGGUUUAGGACACUACCUGUCCUACUCAGCUCCCACUGUACAAGCCUUUGUAGGAAGCUACAUUGCUCCCCUGGUCCCAAGGUUUAGGACAGUAGAGUCCAAAAGUGCUACUGUGGAGGAAAAUAAGUCUGUGGUUGCACCAGUCAAACAGAUGGAGGCCAAAAUUAGUAAGGAGCAGAAGACUGCAGAGGAGAAGGCCAAAAAACUACUACUUCAAAGAGAGAAGAUCAUUGCCAGGUUGAGUGUGGACAAUCGAACUCGGGGUCUGGUUCAGGCUCUCCACAGGGCUUCAGAUGUAAGGGUCUACAUCAACAGGGUGGAGGACCUCAACUACCAUCUCCUGGAGUUUCCAGAGACCAGUGGUGUUGCAGUCAAGGAGCAGGUCAUCCCUUGCCUGCUGCGUCUGAAACAAGCCAGUGAUCCGGGCCUGAGGGCAGCAGUCAGAGAAGCCCUCGCUCUGGUGGGCUACAAUAAACCUGUGAAAGGCCGGGGCAUACGGAUCCUGACCGUAGAUGGAGGAGGGUUAAGGGGACUUGUUGCUCUUCAGACGUUACACAAGCUGGAGGCCCUGACCGGAAAACCCAUUUACAAACUGUUUGAUUAUAUUUGUGGUGUCAGCACAGGUGCUAUCUUAGGGUUCAUGCUAGGUGUGUUCCAAAUCCCACUGAACGAGUGCGACGAUCUUUACCGGAAGUUGGGUUCCGAUGUCUUCAAGCAGAACGUCAUUGUUGGGACCGUAAAGAUGGGCUGGAACCAUGCUUUCUACGACAGCGAACCCUGGGAGAACAUCCUCAAAGAGAGAAUGGGCUCUCAGCUCCUGGUGGAAACUACAAGAAACCCUGAAUGCCCCAAGGUGGCAGCGGUGAGCACCGUGGUGAACCGCGGCAUUCCUCUCAAGGCUUAUGUGUUCAGGAACUACAACCUGCUGCCCGGGGUGCGCUCUCACUACCUGGGGGGUUCCCACCACCAGCUCUGGCAGGCCAUCCGUGCCACGUCAGCCGCACCUGGGUACUUCCAGGAGUUCACGUUGGGAAACGAUCUCCACCAGGAUGGAGGUCUGCUGAUUAACAACCCCACAGCACUGGCCAUCCACGAGUGUAAGUGUUUGUGGCCCAACACGCCCCUGGAGUGUGUGGUCUCGCUCGGCACGGGCCGCUUUGAAACUUCCGGCAAGAACAGCGCCACCUACACGAGCCUCAAAGCCAAACUCACCAAUGUUAUCAGCAGCGCCACAGACACUGAGGAGGUUCACGCCAUGCUCGACGCCUUCCUCCCUCCCGACACUUAUUUCCGCUUCAACCCCUACAUGAGCGAGGACAUCACCAUGGACGAGAACCGCCACGAGAAGCUGAACCUGCUGCAGACCGACGGCAUCCGUUACCUGGAGAGGAACGAGGAGAAGCUGCAGAAAGUCGCUCGCAUCCUCACCCGAGAGAAAAGCUCCGUCCAGAAGAUGACGGAGUGGGCCAGGCUCAGGGCUGACAUGUAUAACUUUAAAUCCUCCAAGCUGUAAAUCCAACGCUGGCAACAUUUACCUCAAAUGGAAACACUGUCAUAGUUGUUGACUCGUUGAGCUGUAGCUUUGAAAAAAAACCUGUAAACGCAGUAGGUGAUGUGUCCAACAUGUAAAAACACUACCUUCCUCCUCACUCUGACUUCACACUUUGAUUGUGUCUGGUUGUCAUUGUGGUUGGCAGCACUCAACGUAGCAAUCAGUUGCAUUAAAAGAAAAUAUGGCAAAUGACAUUUGGGUUUGGGAACUCCCUAAAUAGGGGUUUCACUGUCAGCUAGCCAAUGCGGCUUGUAUCCUUAAAGGAAUAGUUCAACAAUUUGGGAAACAAUCUUGUUUGCUUUCUUGCCAAAAGUUAGACGAGAAGUUUGAUGGCACGUUAAGAUGAGAAUUGUAUCAAUCUUCUCAUCUAACUUUUGUCAAGAAAGCAGUUAAAAAUAUUUCCUUAAAAAAGAUAGAACACUGUAAAGUUCUACAGUAGCCAGUAAUGGACUGUUUUACCAAGUGAGCACUAUUUAAGCACUUGUUUUUCCUUUUAAAGAUGUUAUGACCGCUAAUAUAUCCUCACAGAAAUGAUUAGAUGGGAUAUAUGUGUUAUUGAAAUGCAGUAUUUGUUAAGAUGAGCUGCAAAUCUGUGACACUGUAAAACACCAAUACUGUAUCAAGUAUUAAGAAGAAGAAAAAAAAAUCCCUCUUAUUUUUUGUAAAUGGAUCUAUUUGGGGACUAAUUAUCAAAUGUAAUGACUCAAAUGUGCACCUCUUAACAAAGCAGCUACUGAUAAUAGUAAUAAUUGGUACAUGGGGGCCCACUUCAAGAAUUACAGUAUUGUAGAGUUCUUUGUAAAUGCAUGUUAUAUUUAAGAUUUUACAGAAAGAAAAGUACAUACCUAGCAGAAAACUUUAAAGAAGUGUGUGUUGCAAAGAUUUACCUCAAUAUUUAUUUCUAAAAUACUUGUAAUGAUUAGUAAAUAUGAAUAGCAGAUAAAUAUAAAAUGGAGGCACGCUGGUAUAAGGAUGUAACUUUUAUGUGUUGUUUUAGCCUCAGGAGUAUUUUACGUUCACUUGUUUCAAACGCUUUUAUCCUUACGUGCUUGAGUGUUUGCUUUUAUGGAUUCCCCACAGGCGAUGCAAUUUUUUCCUGCUCUUUUCUUCAGGGAGCUUUUCUUUUCAACCUUUGAAGUGCUGUGUGUCAGACCCCGCUCUCCUGUACUAUGACGCUUUCUUUAAAAUCACUCAGGUCAUAGCUUAGGGACUGGUUUAAAACAAAUUGCUGCUUGAUUGAUUUGUCAUGGCUUAAAUGAUUUUAAUGACAUGUUCAGCUUAAAAAAAAAAAAAAAAAAAAAAAAAAAAAAAAUGCACUUCAGACAUUCAUGCCUAACCUGGUCACGUACUGUAAAACAGAGACGGCAGUGUGUCGGUCACUCCCUGAGGACCUGAGGUGAAGUGGAUGCUGAUUUUUACCCAGAUUAAUGUAAUUCCACUGUUCUGUUGAUGAUGUGUAAAGACUGUUUGAGAGUGUAUGUAAUUAAAACC